AUGGGGCUGCCCCCCAUGCUUGAAACCCUUGAAAUAGAAAAGUGCCACAUUCUAGAGACCCUACCGGAGGGAAUGACUCAAAAUAAUACCAGUCUCCAGAGCUUGUACAUAGAAGAUUGUGAUUCUCUUACGUCUUUGCCCAUCAUCUCUUCAUUGAAAUCACUUGAAAUCAAGCAGUGUCGGAAAGUAGAGUUACCCCUUCCUGAGGAGACCACGCAAAACUACUACCCUUGGCUUGCCUAUUUACGUAUAAAUAGAAGUUGUGAUUCUCUCACGUCCUUUCCAUUAGCCUUCUUCACAAAGCUUAAGACACUUCAUAUCUGGAAUUGUGAAAAUCUGGAGUCCUUUUACAUUCCAGAUGGACUUCGCAACAUGGAUCUCACAUCUCUCCACAAAAUCAAAAUCGAUGAUUGCCCGAAUCUGGUGUCUUUUCCACAAGGAGGAUUGCGAGCUUCCAACCUGAGAGAACUUUUUAUCAGCAAUUGCAAGAAGCUUAAGUCACUGCCCCAACGGAUGCACACCCUCCUUACAUCGCUUGACAAGUUGUGGAUAAGUGAUUGUCCAGAAAUUGUUUCAUUUCCGGAAGGGGGUUUGCCGACUAAUCUAUCCUCACUUCACAUCGGGUCUUGCUACAAGCUUAUGGAAUCUCGGAAGGAAUGGGGCUUACAAACACUUCCCUCCCUUAGACGAUUGGUUAUCGUUGGAGGUACAGAAGGAGGGUUGGAGUCAUUUUCCGAGGAGUGGCUGCUGCUGCCCUCCACUCUCUUCUCUCUCGACAUUUCGGAUUUUCCAGAUCUGAAAUCCCUGGACAAUCUGGGGCUUGAGAACCUCACAUCUCUCGAACGUCUCGUGAUUUGGAACUGCGAUAAGUUGAAGUCCUUUCCGAAACAGGGGCUGCCCGCCUCCCUCUCUGUUCUCGAGAUUUAUAGAUGUCCUCUGCUGAAAAAACGGUGCCAAAGGGAUAAAGGGAAAGAAUGGCGCAAGAUUGCUCAUAUCCCCAGCAUAGAAAUGGUGGAUCUCGAUGACUGA